AUGGGGGACUCCACAGUCAGCAGUAAACCAGGCCAGGGCAGCUCUCGGGGCAGGGCUGGGCUCACAAGUGUAGGUGCAAACGCUGGCAUCCCUUUCCCUUCGGUGGACUCAGAAGCAGAGGAAACGACGUCUUCUCCCGAUCGUGCUGUUGGCAGUAGAAGCUUCAUCUACAGUAGCACCAGUAAUUUCGACGUCAGUGGGUCCAGUUGUGGAGGGUCAGGUAGUAGAUUUAACUCUGGAAUCACUGCAGGCCAUUUCCCUAACGGCUCGCAACAGACCCGUCUCUUUUGCGCCGAUCCUCUGCAUGCAUCGACGAUGUUCCCUGGCUCAAUCAAGCAGCAGACCCACUCUAAUACGCCAGCUGUCCCAUCAGGAGAAUUAGUUGAACUUUGCAGGGCUUCUGAAGCAGGGGUGGUGGCACCCUUGAGUUGUACAGAGACCGAUGUUGAGGAGCAAACGCAGAAUCCCUUGCUACAGGGUGAUUAUCGCAAGCGCAGUGAUAUUGGUGUCCAAGAGGAAACAGCAGGCGCAGAAGGAGAAAACGGUGGCAUCUCGGUGCUCACUUCAUCUGCGUCGCGCCGCUGCGUUGGAAGUUGCGUUGGUCCGACGCCGACAGCAAACAAGGGCGUCGAAAAUCUUCAAGGUGGCCAGCCAGCUGCAAGCGGACUAGAAACAGGAGCGCCUAGUGGUGGAGCUUCUUGGCCGCAAGCGGAAGGGAGAGCGUACCCGGCGCGUCUGGAUGAACUGGUUCUCCUUUCUUUCAAUGCGGGACUUCUAGAGUACAAACUUUGCGGCCUACGUGUCUACCAGAAUCCCCCCUUCACUCAGCGGCGUCUUCACCACAUCCCGGCGGCGUUGCUAUCCACCGGAGCUGACAUCAUUUGCUUGCAAGAGGUUUAUGGGGACAACCAUGCUGACUUCAUCGUCGAGAGCACUCGUCACAAACUACCUUUCGUCGGUCGGCGCACGUCUGGUGGUCGCUUCUCUCUUCACAACGGCCUCAUGGUCCUCAGCAAGUAUCCAAUAGUCCACACUCAAUUUCACAAAUUUGAAGAUGUGACGUACAUAGAGCGUUGCUUUGCUUCAAAAGGGAUGUUGGAAGUAGCUGUAGAUGUUCCUUCCAUUGGCGUCAUCGCCAUUUUUAAUAUUCAUUUGGCCAGUGGAGCCGUCGAUCCCGAGUCCCGCUAUGUGGAGGACGUGCGAGCGGCAGAGAUACGACAGCUGUUAAAGGCCUGCGACGCGGCAGCAGACAGGGGCCAUGUUCCUCUUGUAAUCGGGGACCUCAAUGCAGCUCCCCAUUUAUGCGCUUCGAACUACAAAUGCUUUGUGGAGCGAGGCUGGCGGGAUUGCUGGUUGCAUGUGCACGGCCACCAGCGCCACUUGCUGCAGCAUCAUUUGCUGCACCAGCAGCAGCUGUUGGAAGAACAACAGCUAGAUGAUCAGGGAAUAGAACUACACGACCGGCAUAUUCGCAGGGAUUUGUUCGUGCGCGUUAGGAGACAGCGGCGGAUGAAGUUGAGAAAAGGCCCCGAGCUGGAGGCGCUGCAACCGCCGCCCCAAGUUCCACCUCAAGUGACACAAGAGCGCCACCCCAGCAGUUCCCAGGCUACCUCCCCACGAGUUCCCACAAUGAGCUCUGAUGCAGACUCCAGUGAUGCAGAGCGUGAACAGAAAAAACAACUGUUGGGGCAGCGAAGCAGGCAAGGGGGUUGCCCUUCACGCAAGAGCGUCGGAUCCCGGGAUCAGUCCACUGCUCUAAGCAGCAGCACAGGGCAGCCAGAGACCAACACCUACUGUGGAGGUAUUACUAACUAUAGCUCGAAUAUGGAGGCUGGGCGUAGCUCACCUGCGGAUACUAGUCGUGAUUUUUCUCGAGGGGGGUCGCUAGAGCUGUGCAGUAAUAGCUCAAGCGAUGCCACUGCUGCAGGACCGCGCAAACCCCGAGGUAGGAGCAAAAGUGCUUUGGGGGGACGCAUUGACGAUGAUGAAGAGAUUCCGGCUGCAAGAAGUUUACUAGGUGGUUAUUUUGGCAGGGCAGGGGGAGGCGUCCAACUUCCUCUGGCUUUUGAGCUCCCGGCUGCUGCAGCUUGGGCGCAUCGGGAAUUUUUCCUGACGGCGAAGCGACGGCUGAUUGAGCAGCAGCAGAAGUGGCUUGGUGGAGGGGACAAAGCCCCUGUGCUGGAUGUCCGUCUCUCACUUUCUGCUCCGCACCACAACCAGCGGGGCGUAGAUGCGACCCCCCUUGCUAGUGAUUGCUCCCUUGCGUCAUGUAGCACAGCGCUCACUGCGGCACGCAGUGGUGAUAUAGCUUUAGUGCCUGCGAAGGCCUGGCGCUCUGGAUUUCUUGCGCCAGCCCCAGUGGAUAACCCUUUGUCUAACGAUGGAGCGGAUGGCACAGUUGCUGAUUGGUUGCUUUCCGACACGGACGAAGAGACGGAGCCUGGAGAAGGCCGUGACACCGUCAUACAGUGUGCGCCUGAUGAGGAAAGAGCAUCUUCACCUUCAUGCUCAAGAAGAGACUUCACAUGGGACCCAGAGAACCCCCUCAACUCUAUCGGGCCACACGCGGGUUGUCACGGACUGCGCUGCGAUUACGUAUUCUUGCCUCCCCACCAGUUUGCUGGGGGCUUGUAUCCCUUCCUUCCAGUAGCUGCGGACAUCCUGAUGCGGGACCCUCGUGUUCUAGUUGAUGCGUGUUGUUUCGGGUGCUUCGGAGAAGUGAUGCUCGUGACACUGAGUGAUCACUACGCUGUUCGCAUUACCUUGCGCCGAAGCACGGACACAGAUAUUGCCGACUUCUGGGGCUCCUGUGCUGCGGAAGCGGCAGCCCUUCGCUCUGCUGCAUCAGCAGGGGGCCAAUCAGCUGCUGAUCACGCGGCUAGCCUGCAUGCGAAGGACUAG